GUUGACUGCCCGCUGAGGAAGUUGUGAAGGUGCUCCGCGAGCGAAACGUCCGCGCAGUCUAGAAUCCGUCACCCGAUCGGAAGGUGCUAUAGCCGCUCGUCAGGAGUUAAGAACUUGGAAGAACGCAACCACCAUGAAACUGACCGCUUUCUUCGAGGCUUCGUUUCUGCUAAUCUGCUGGUCGCAAGCUGUCAGCAGCCAUGUCUUUGGCUACUCGGAGCCCAACCAGCGUCGCUGGGCUCGCCAUCAUGGUCACUGUGCGGGCAAGACCCAAUCCCCGAUUGCCAUCACCACCAGCCGGACAAUGGCCAUUCAUAUGCCGGCGGUGGACAUGAUUGGCUAUCACAACCUGCUGCCCUACCCACUGAAAAUGAUCAACAAUGGACACACGGUUUCCAUCACCAUACCCAAGGUCAAUGUGUCCGAGGUGGGCGAGGAUUUCCUACCCUACAUCCGGGGCGCCAAACUGCCCGGUGAGUUCGAGGUGGAGGGCCUCCACUUCCACUGGGGCGACAAGAACAACCGGGGAUCCGAGCACGUCAUUAACGACAUCCGCUACACCAUGGAGAUGCACAUUGUGCACAGGAACAAGAAGUACGCGACCAUUGGCGAGGCUCUGAAUCAUCCGGAUGGUGCCGCCGUCCUGGGUUUCUUCUUCAAUCUCGACGAGGAUGAGGGUGCUGGCCUGGUGACCAUUAACCGACAUUUGCAUCUGAUUGCCGAUGCCAAUCAGGAGGCCACGCUAAACGUCACUUUCUCGCUAUCCUCGCUGAUUGCUGGCGUGGAUGUGGACAAGUUCUACACGUACAAGGGUUCCCUGACCACGCCGCCCUGUUCCGAGGCCGUCACUUGGAUACUGUUCCCCGAUCCCAUCCCGAUUUCGCCCAAGCAGAUCUCCCGAUUUCGUCAGCUGUCGGACACGCAGGAUGGUGCGUUGGUGGACAACUUCAGGACCCUGCAGCCGGUGGGCAAUCGCAGGAUCUUCGCGCGCACAGGACACGUGCGCCACACCUCGAUUGCCACAUUGAAGCACGAGGGCGAAUAUCUCAAGUACGACUGGUUCUACUGAUCUAUCGACUAGAACUGGCAGCCGGAUGUGGAGCACUGUGCCAUCCCAUAUUAGGAUACCUCUAAACUAAGCAUUUAAUAAGUUACACUAACAUUUAGUCUAGGCACUCACAGAGAAUAAAAGCAACAAAA